AUGGCUAGCAGCAAUGGCUGGUUGCAGAGUCCUGGAAUACCCGCCUUUGACCCCAUACAAAAGAAGACUUUGCCAGCUGGGGCUCCUAAGCAGCCGCCUUUAAAGAAGCUUUCUCAGUCUGUGACUGUGAGGCCAAAAAUUCCACCUUCUGAGAGGUGCAGUGUACCAAAGGUGAUGCAAAAUCCAGAACCUUUUCUUUUGAAAGCAGCCCGUGCACCCGUGUUAUUAGCGCUUCCUCCAAAGGAAGACCUAAUAGAGUUUAUUGCAAGAUACGAACAGGGAAUAGUAAACCCAGUAUCUGCCUUGCAUCAGUUUGCACAAAUGUACCAUGUAAAAGUUGAAUUGAAAGAAACUAGUGUGGCAGGCAAUAUCAUAAGGCCUUAUUUUGCCUUUUGUGCUGUGGUAGAUGGUGUUUGCUACAAGACUGGACUGGGAAAAAACAAGAAGGAAUCCAAAUUAAAUGCAGCUAAACUGGCUCUUGAUGAGCUACUUAACUUGGACUGUAAAGGGGCUUCUGAAAUGUCAGAUCCUCCCUGUAUUCCCGCUGAGCUCCAAGCUCCAGCAAACUCUGUUCGUGUCUCAAGGAUCUGUUUUGGUUGA